CGCGCUACCGAAGGCCCUUUCAAUCCGCCACCGCAAGCCUUCUUUCCUUCUUCCUUCUCACGCACCCGCAACAAUCACAACAACGCCGAACGCCACAACCUCAAACCUCAAACCUCAUUGAUCUCUUCCCAACAACAUGGCGCCUAACCCACACCGCACUCCGCGCAUACCCGACAGCUUCGUGCGGGGCUACCACUCCGAGGCAGCCUUCGCUUUCUCCCCUUCCGACGCAGAAGCCAUCGUCCGCGCUACACCCUACCACCGCAAGGACUUCGACAAAGCUGUCAUCUAGUUCCCGGAGAGCCAGCACGACAAAGUCAGCGCCUCUCCUGCCACCGUCUUCCAGCGUGCGUCCGAAGCUGACACUCCGGCCACUAAUAGCGGGCUCGGACAACUGGAGAAGCUGCCGCUUGAGCUCAUCUUCAUGGUCAUUUUGCGCAUGGACAUGAAUACGCUGGUUCACUUCCGCCAGGUGAGCCUCCGCGCUCGAGAGGUCGUUGGUUUACUCCACGAGUACCGCAUCAUCGCUUCCUCGGCAUUGAACUGUUUCUGCGCAUUGUUGCGCACCAGCGCGGCUUUCCACAUCACUUUGUCCGACUUCUACCACCGCCUCUGUGAGCAGACUUGCUCGAUUUGCGGAGAUGGAUUCGGCGACCUUGUUAACCUUCUUACCUGAACCCGAUGCUGCUCGUUCUGUCCCCGAGAGAAAACUCCAGAGCUCGGUGUUGCCACCGUUGCAUCUGCGAAGCGGCUUUUGAAGCCGUCGUCGAAGAAAGGGCUUCCAACGCUUACGGCUCUUCGAGGAAUGUACACGGUGUAUCAGGCGCCUGGCAUGGCUGUCCUACUCAGUACAUCAGCUUCGACAUUCUCGAGCACGAAUCAAUGCAAUAAACACAUGGCUUCUAGUA